AUGAGUGAUGUCCCCACUCUGGACUAUGAGCUGCUGCUGUCCCCUGGGCCCUCCCUCCCUGGGGCCCCCAGCAGUCCUCCUCUGGUGGGGGGUGACGCGGAGCAGAGGACGGCCUUUGCCUUCGUGGGGCUCCUCAUGCUCUUCCUGGUCUUCCUGCUGGUGCGCUGCUUCCGCAUCCUGCUGGACCCCUACAGCCGCAUGCCAUCCUCCUCCUGGACCGAACACAAAGAGGGUGCAGAGAGGGGGCAGUUUGACUACGCCCUGGUCUAG